AUGCCUGAUGUAUCACAAUAUGAAACUUUCAUCCAAGAAGUCGAAACGGGGACCCAUGCUACGGUAGGCCUGCGCGUCGGCUCGCAGACAGUCACACCAGGCGCUAAAGUGCCUAAAGCAGAAACCCGCUCAACACCGACCCUCUACGCCCCCAAGACAGCGCCCCUGCAACCAGGCCUGUAUACCCUAAUCGCAAUCGACAUCGACGCCCCCUACACCUCCUUCAACGCCCUCAGCCCCAUCGUCCACUGGAUCCAGACCGGCUUCGUAGUCCCAGAGCCAGAAGCAGAGUCUGAACAAUCGCAAGAAAUCGAACUCAGGAGCACCGACCCCGUCAUCGUCCCUUGGCUCCCAGCUUACCCACCGCCAGGGACAGCGCCGCAUCGGUAUGUGUUUAUGUUGUAUAAGCAGACGCCCGGGGCUGGUGUUCCUGAGCCCCAAAAGUUGAAGGGGAGGCCCAAGAGUCGGCUUGGGAGGAUGAGAUUUGAUGUGCAGGGGGUGGUGGGGCAGUUGGGGCUUGGGGAGGUUGUUGCGGGGAAUUAUUUCGUUUGUAAUUAG